AGUAAUCCAACAGAGAGUAGAUGGAAAAGAAAAUUUCUUUCGCGAUUGGAAUACUUACGUAGCAGGCUUUGGAUCUUUUGAGGGAGAUUUCUUUCUAGGCCUAGAGAAGAUUCAUCGACUAACGUACUCGACACGCUAUCAACUCCUGAUUCGCAUGGAAUACUUCAAUGGGACAAUACGAUAUGCUGACUAUGAUAAUUUCAAAGUUGACGGAAAUGAAGCGGACUACACAUUGAGCAGUUUGGGUGAAUUUUUUGGCAAUGAAGAUGGUGAACUCUGGCGCGGCGACAAUUUGCGAUGGCAUGAAGGCUUGAAAUUCUCAACGUUCGAUAAUGAGCAUGAUCUGUGGAAUAAGGAGUGUGCACAGAUUCAUAAAGGAGGAUGGUGGUACAAUCAUUGCACAGCUAGCAAUUUAAAUGGAUUAUACUCAAUGCACGGCAGCAAAUACACACAAAUGUAUUGGACACACUAUGUGCCUCUCAAAAGUGUUCAAAUGAUGAUACGAAAAUAUCAACCAAAAUAACAAAAUAAUGCUGUUGAUUAUAACUGUAUCAGCUGUCUAACGCACUUUCCGUUUGGAUCACAAAAAAGGUCAGCAUGUUGACACUGGGCGUAUACGUGAUAUGCUGAUUAUGAGCAUUCAACCGAUGACGUUUGCCUGGCAGAUUACUUCAUUGUCUACACUACAAUAAAUCAAAUUAUAAUCGCGAGUAAGAGUAAAAAUACAAAUCUUUUAUGAGGUUUAUCGACUAGCUAGUUAAUAAA